UGAUGAUGUGGCGUCUCUCUGUAACCUGUCUCCUGCUCUGUGUCUCUGUACACACGGCUCACAGUGCCAUUUACAAUCAGGGAGGCACAGAGGGGAGUUACAGUGUUCUCUUCUGUGAAAAUAACGGUAGUGUGAUUUGGAGUAAAGGUGUUGAUGGAGGGGGAGGGAGGAUCCUCACUGCUCAACAUGGAGAAGAACCCAUUAAACUCAACCCUGAUCCAGAUCACAGAUACACUGUGACAAGUAAUUUAUCACUCCAGAUAAAGAAUCUGUCCCUCUCAGACUCGGGGAUUUACUACUGUAACUCUGUUCCUGUAGUCAAUCUGACUGUCACUCCAUUAAAAGCCAGAGUCAAUCAGAGAGGCACAGAGGGGAGUGACACUUUUCUCUUCUGUGAGAAUGAUGGUAAAGUGAUUUGGAGUAAAGGUGUUGAUGGAGGGAGAAGGGAAAUCCUCGCUGCUCAACAUGGAGAAGAACCCAUUAAACACAAACCUGAUCCAGAUCACAGAUACACUGUGUUAGAUAAUUUAGCACUCCAGAUAAAGGAUCUGUCUCUCUCAGACUCGGGGAUUUACUACUGUAACUCUGUUCCUGUAGUCAAUCUGACUGUCACUCCAUUAAAAGACUCCUCCACUAAAUCCUACACAACUGCAUCUACCAUGAACAACACGGACAGCGUCAGUGAGGAGAACGAGUCCACACAGACGACUCCGACUAGAAGAACCAGCACCGGAGUGACUCACACUGAAAAUGGAGCUUCUCAAAACAACAUUCCCAAGAGCAGUACAGAAGAUAUCUGGACGACAAGUGAGUAUGAGAGAUCCAGUCCACUUUUCACACAUGAUCAGAAGUUUUUCUGA